AUGGUAUCCAAAAUAUCUCAAUUCAAAACUAAAUCUUCCCGUCAACGCCUUAGCAGUGAGUUAGUGAGCAUUAUUGAUGUAAACGAGGAAUUAUUAAACAAAUACUGCAAUUACAAAAUAUUGUACACAGAUGCAUCAAAAGCCGAAAACCAAGUGGGAUUUUCAGUCGUUACAGACAGUGAAGAAUUCCUGUACAAACUUUCAGGAGAAUGUUCUAUUUUUACGGGAGAAGCCACGGCCAUAAAAGAAGCACUCUUGCACAUCCGCACCAACCACUUCAAAAAUCAUGCUAUCGUAACCGAUUCAAUGUCCGAAAAAAAUAGAAACAUAGUCCUUAUCUGGGCACCAUCACAUUGUGGUAUCCUGGGUAACGAGAGAGCCGAUGCUGCAGCCAACUCUGCUCGGCGUCAAGGAACUGCACGAACCACAAUAAUUGAUGCUAUUCCUCGAGAAGAUUGGACACAACAACUUGCCUGCUCCUUUCAAAAUAAAUGGAACGUUGAAUGGGAAAUGAGUUCGGCAAAACUUCAGGAAGUAAAAACAAAACAUGGCCUAGAGGAAGGAGUGGUUAAAAAGCGAAGCAGAGCGCCCGCGUCCGACGGACCACUAGAACCACCGCCGCAAGAACUGGAGGAGAGGAAGGGUCCUCCAGGACCUCCCAUACCUCCAGGCUUCCUGUCACCGUCGGUCAUGCAGUACCUCGAGCUCGGCAAGUCCAUCCCAGAGAGAGAGAGAGAGAGAGAGAGAGGAAUUUCCCAGCAUGGAGAGCUAGCAGCCAAGUGCUUGAUUGACACGUGUUUAAAAUCAAAAGAUCAAAUUCCAAUCCAUCUUCCACCAACAAACCGUCUUCCAUCAUUCAAUUUAAAGCUGAUCUACCUUGAUAAGGUAAUACUGCCUAUUACGAUAGGAAAGGAAGGGAGCGAAGAACCCAACACCAACUGCUGUGGGAAGAUUCCCUCUGCAGCUUCCGCCUCCUAUAACGGGUCCUUAUCCAAUCAAGGGAGGCCAGGAACAGACUACCCAGUCCUAGGUACGGUACCCUACACCGACUUCUAUUGCGACGAGCAGGAGUACCCCGGUUUCUUCGCAGAUACCGAAACCCGCUGUCAAGCAUGGCACUACUGCGACAUCGACGGAAGGCAAGCGACGUUCCUCUGCCCCAACGGAACUCAAUUCUCCCAGGCCUUCCUCGUCUGUGACUGGUGGUUCAACGUCCGCUGCAGCCUCUCCAAGUCCCUCUACUCCAUCAACGAACGGCUCUACAGGAGGCCCAAGGUGGCGAGAGUAAACUUCGAAGACCCACACCACUUUCUUCCACCCAUAGACAAUCUCUAUGAAGAAGGGGUAGUUCGUCCCUUCCAUAAGUCGGAGGAAGUCCGUUUCGGCGAUGGUGAAGAUACCCGUUUUUCUCGACAACCUGGUAGAGUGUUCUUCCAAGUUAUUCUUCCUAUGUGCGUGCAGUUUUCGCCGGAACCCUCCCUCCAUGUCCUGUUAGGAUCUGCAGGACUCAGUAGUCGGGGAACACCCAUUUAG